AUGUCCUUGUCUAGUGAGACAUCCACUGCAGUCUUGCAGGAGCUUCUAGCAGCUUGUCCAGAUUCUGCUCUUGCUAAGCAUAGACCAGAAAUGACCAACUGUGGGUCAAUGGAUACUGUAAAUCCACCUCCAUUCAGUGCUGUUAUGAAGAACUUGGAUGAUCAAAGCCUGGAGGCAUCUGUGGGGUGGAAAAAUUACACUGCAAAUGAUGAACUUCCAAAUGCUUUGAAAACUCUGAAGAUC